AUGACGACCGACGCCACCAUGCAGCAAUUCUUUGAAUCCCCUGCAUUCGCCGUAGUCGGCGCAAGCACGGAUCCAUCCAAGUUCGGUCACAAAGUCUUCUCCUGGUACGCCAACCACAACCUGCCGGCAACGCCCAUCAACCCCCGGGCGCCCUCCAUCGCCGUCGAGGCCAAGGAGUUCCCGACCGCACCCACGCUCACCGCGCUGCCCAGCCCCAAGAGCACGUCCGUCUCCUUCAUCACGCCGCCCGCCGUGACCAUCAAGGCCCUGCAGGAGGCCAAGAGCCUCGGCGUCCCCGCCGUCUGGCUGCAGCCCGGCGCGUACGAUGACGCCGCCCUCGCCUUUGCGCGCGAGGAGGGCAACUUCAAGGCCGUCGUUGCUGGCACCGAGGGCCCGACCCUAGGCGCCAAAGGGUGGUGCAUCCUCGCUGAUGGCGAGAGGGGGUUGAAGGCUGUGGGCAAGCUGGCGUUAGAGGAGCGUCUGUGA